GAUCAACCUGUGGAUUAACGCACAGGCUGAGAUUAGUUGCAGUUGCAGUUUGGUUAAACCAGCAGCACCAAUCUGUCACCACAGUCGACCCGCUGAAUUUGACGCCUCAAUUACGCGCAGGCCGUUAUGCAAGUUUUAAGAGCGACACCGCCGCUGUUAAAAGACACACUCUCGAAAUAGGGGCGCAUUCAUUUUAUACAGGAAAAAGAUUAUGGACUGUUUACAUACAGGGGAGAUUCUUGGUUAACAACUGGCUGAGAAAAAAACGUGAAUUAAAGCCAUGAGGCGGGAGGGUGAGCCGUGCGUAAAAAGAGGAAAGACGAUACAAAUGAAAUCAAUAAAACAGAAGAUUCUCUGUCAGGCCUCCAGUCGCGAAUCGACUUGUUACGCUGCUUAAAGCAUCUGUCGGCCAGGCAGGACUUAAAAGGCUCCAAAUAAGAUGAUUUGGCAACAUCAAGGCUUUCCCAGCGGUAAUGAUUACAUUUGGACUUAAGAUCCAUGCAAGAAUUUGUAGCCCAGUAAAUCUCCUGAGUUCCCUGCCCCCCUCCACUCUUCAAAAGCCUUGUCAUUCAAAGGGUUAGGAUGUUUGACAAUCCCAGCUUGUACUACUCCACCAAUUAAUUGGGUACGUUGUCGGGAUGUUCGUUUCUCUCAUCUGCUACUUAGAAAGACAAAGGAGCGCUGGGGGGCUGUUGACACCUCUGCGUCCGGCUCGAGUAUAAAUGAGGAGACUCCUCGGAGGAGCAGCAUUCUUUCUCCUGCUGCACUUGGAGCGACGACUUUCUCCGCAGAGACCUUCCACAGCUGAUUUUUACAACUUUUUGAAACAACCAACAGAAUGCAGGUGCCCAACAGACCAGUCGGACCGUACGGAUACCCUGUGCGUAAUUACGCACCAGCAUCGCUCUACCCGCACUACCAGGGGAGCCAGUGCGCGUCGCCCUCGAAGCCUCCCAGUGGGAAAUCUUUCACUAUCGAUGCUUUGCUCGCCAAGCCGGAGGACACGAGCAGCAGCCGGACGCCUCUUUCACCAGCAGCUCCGGUUCUGCCUCUCUCCGGACACGUCGGCCUACCGAUAGCGACAGCACCUUACAUCUACUCCCCGAACAUGCUGCACUCAGCGCUCCAUCAGCAGCCUGGAUAUUCAGUCUACUGCUGCCCGCCUUUCAGCUACCAGUCAUCAUGUCGUGGAGCAUUUUACGCACAAGCUUCAAUGUCCAAAGUGAACGCGGGGCUUCAUUCGUUCAAGACUAAAGGUGGGAAGUCGAAACGGAUGCGCACCAGCUUCACCAGCGAGCAGCUCUCCCGGCUGGAGAAGGAGUUCGCACGGCAGCAGUACAUGGUCGGCUCCGAGAGGUUCCUCCUGGCGUCCGCUCUGCAGCUCACAGAAGCUCAGGUCAAAGUCUGGUUCCAGAACAGACGCAUCAAGUGGCGCAAACAGAGUCUGGAGCAGCAGCAGGCCAAACUGGCCAAACUGGGCCUGGCCGCUCCGCCCAAAAGUCCCGGAUCUCAGGGACACGGAGAUGAAGGCGAUGAGGAUGAGGAGUUCUCCGACCUGGACGUGGAUAUCGACGUGUCCGAUGACUCCACAGACCACUGCUGACCCGCCGGGCUGUUAGAAAAAAGACUCUGUACAUAGAAGCAGCUGAGAAAAGGAGGCCUGCGUGUCUCCAUAUGAAUAUUUAAUAGAUGUAUAGUUAUAUAUUUAAUUUUCUACAUUUAUUGCUCUUUGAUGAGUUCACUUCAUGUGUUUUUGUAUAUUUGGAUUGAAAUAUUCAGAAAUAUAUUUUAUG